AAGCUCCUGUGAACUCAGUUUUCAGGAAAGAGCAAUGGAGAUUGGAUGGAUGCACAAUCCGAGACAAAGGCAAGUCCUAGUUUUCUUUGUUUUGCUGAGCAUGUAUGGGGCGAGCGCCGAGUUGGGGCCCUAUUCAGUAGUGGAAGAAACAGAGAGAGGCUCCUUUGUGGCAAAUGUAGGAAAAGACCUGGGGCUGGGGUUGACAGAGAUGUCCACCCGCGGUGCCCGGAUCAUUUCCCAGGGGAACAAAGAGCAUUUGCAGCUCAAGGUUCAGACUGGGGAUUUGCUCAUAAAUGACAAACUAGAUCGAGAGAAGCUAUGCGGUCCGAGUGAGCCUUGCAUACUACAUUUCCAAGUAUUAAUGGAAAAACCGUUAGAGAUAUUUCAGGCAGAACUGCGAGUGCAAGACAUAAAUGACCAUUCCCCCGUGUUCACUGAAAGAGAAAUGAUUCUAAAAAUACCGGAAAACAGUCCUGUAGGAAUUGCAUUCCCUCUGAGUAAUGCUCUGGACUUGGAUGUAGGCAGCAACAAUGUUCAGAACUAUAAAAUCAGCCCCAACUCCCAUUUUCGGGUUCUGACCCGAAAUCGCAGCGACGGCAGAAAAUACCCUGAGCUGGUGUUGGACAAAGAGCUGGAUCGGGAGGAGGAGCCUGAAAUCUCAUUAACCCUGACAGCGCUGGAUGGCGGCUCUCCGCCUCGGUAUGGAACCGCCCAGGUGCGCAUUGAAGUGGUGGACAGUAACGAUAACGCCCCUGAGUUUGAGCAGUCGCUCUACAAGGUGCAUAUUCCCGAAGACAGCCCCGUAGGCUCCCUGGUUGUCACUGUCUCUGCCAGCGAUGUAGACAGUGGAGUCUAUGGAAAAAUAUCAUACACAUUCUUUCAGCCUUCAGAAGAUAUUAGCAAAACUUUGGAGGUAAAUGCUAUGACAGGCGAAAUUCGACUGAGAAAAAAAGUAGAUUUUGAAACAGUUCUGUCUUAUGAAGUGGACAUCAAGGCCACUGAUGGGGGAGGUCUUUCAGGAAAAUGCACUCUUCUCCUGCAAGUAGUGGAUGUGAAUGACAAUCCUCCAGAAGUGACAGUGUCUGCACUCACCACUCCCAUCCCAGAGAACUCCCCUGACAUUGUAGUUGCUGUUUUCAGUGUUUCAGAUCCUGACUCUGGGGACAAUGGGAAAACUAUUUCCUCCAUCCAGGAUGACCUUCCUUUUCUUCUAAAACCUUCAGGCAAGAACUUUUACACCUUAGUAGCCCAGAAAACACUAGAUAGAGAAGAAAGAGACGAGUACAACAUCACCAUCACCGUCACUGACAUGGGAACCCCCAGGCUGAAAACCGAGCACAACAUAACCGUGCUGGUGUCCGACGUCAACGACAACGCCCCCGCCUUCACCCAGACCUCCUACACCCUGUCCGUCCGCGAGAACAACAGCCCCGCCCUGCACAUCGGCACCGUCCGCGCCACAGACAGAGACGCGGGCGCCAACGCCCAGGUCACCUACUCGCUGCUGCCGCCCCUCGACGCGCACGUGCCCCUGGCCUCCCUGGUGUCCAUCAACCCGGACAACGGCCACCUGUUCGCCCUGAGGUCCCUGGACUACGAGGCCCUGCGGGCGUUCGAGUUCCGCGUGGGCGCCGCCGACCGCGGCUCGCCCGCGCUCAGCAGCCAGGCGCUGGUGCGCGUGCUCGUGGCGGACGACAACGACAACGCGCCCUUCGUGCUGUACCCGCUGCAGAACGCCUCGGCGCCCUGCACCGAGCUGGUGCCCAGGGCGGCCGAGGCGGGCUACCUGGUGACCAAGGUGGUGGCGGUGGAUGGCGACUCGGGCCAGAACGCCUGGCUGUCGUACCAGCUGCUCAAGGCCACGGAGCCCGGGCUGUUCGGCGUGUGGGCGCACAACGGCGAGGUGCGCACGGCCCGGCUGCUGAGCGAGCGCGACGCGGCCAAGCACAGGCUGGUGGUGCUGGUCAAGGACAACGGCGAGCCGCCGCUGUCGGCCAGCGUCACGCUGCACGUGCUGCUGGUGGACGGCUUCUCGCAGCCCUACCCGCCGGCCCCGGAAGCGGAAGCGGCGGACGCGGCCCCGGCGGCCCCGCUCACCGUCUACCUGGUGGUCGCCUUGGCGUCGGUGUCGUCGCUCUUCCUCUUCUCGGUGCUGGUGUUCGUCGCGGUGCGGCUGUGCAGGAGGGGCGGGGCGGCCUCGGUGGGUCGCUGCUCGGUGCCCGAGGGCCCCUUUCCGGGCCACCUGGUGGACGUCAGCGGCACGGGGACCCUGUCCCAGAGCUACCAGUACGAGGUGUGUCUGACGGGAGGCUCUGGGAGUAAUGAGUUCAAAUUCUUGAAGCCGAUUCUCCCCAACCUCCCGCCCCAAUGCCCUGGGAAAGAAAUAGAGGAAAAUCGUACCUUCUACAAUAGCUUUGGGUUCAAUAUUCAGUGACCGUAAUUAACUUUUAUAUCUCAUAGGUAUGUUGUUUUGUGGCACUUCCAUACCAACAUUAUUUCCCCCAAAAUGUGUGUGUUUGAAGUUGUGCUGAUGUUACUUUAUAUUUUCGCAUGUUCUACCCACCUUUACUUUUAAGUGAAUGUUUAUCUUUACCUGUGGUUGUAGUUAGAUAGCAAUUUAUUCUCUAACCAAGGAGGUCUUAAUUUGUAAUUAAUUUGCCUCCUUAAAUAAUAACACCAAAUCAGGUUUUGCUCAUGGCCCUCUCUCCAGUUGAACUCUCAUUCACAAUUAUGCUUAUGAU